CGCAAGGAAAUAAAAACCAAAAUCCAUAAAUAGAUGAAUGCUAUUUAAAUGGUAUAUAAAGAAAGUAAAAAUCAAAUAUUUCACAGCGAACAGAGUCUGACAAGAUGGGCAAAGCUGCGACAUCAAAGCUCGUGUCUCAUCUUUUAGUUGUAACCCUUCUCGUUCUGGCAACAUGCUCGGCUCACAAGAAUGGUUAUAAUUCACAAAGGGGACGAACAUCAAGCCGCCGGGGAGUAGGAGGAAUUGAUCAAUGCUAUAGACAAGGUGAAUAUGCAUGCCGUCCUUUGGGAGUUUUUGUUCCGUGUUACACCUUCCACCAAAGAUGUGACGGAAUUGAACACUGUCCAUUGGGAGAGGACGAGAUGGGUUGUGCGACCAGAAUAACAGUAACAAGAACGUCCUUCUCCACAACGACAUCGACAACGACCACAACUUACACUACGACCUCGUCAACGACUGUUUCUGCGACAACCACCACGACCGUCAGCAGCUCGAUAACAACCACCUCGACAUCGUCUCGGAAGCUUACAGCCAUCGUACCAUGGAAAUUGACAAGCUCAUCAACUACGCUGAUUGAAACCACCACAAUUUCAUAUACUCAAUUAGUGCAGGUGACCAAUCCCGCUAUAGGAGCCGCGUUUGGGGCUGUCGCCAUCGUAUGUUCAGAUCUUGCCGCCGUACCUGCCGCUGGAGCUGCUGUUGGUGGUAAUAAUGUUUACCAGGUUAUUGUUUCAACACCGACGGCAGUUAUUUCGGCAACAGCACACGUAAUGUGCAUGCCGUCUACUACAUCAUUUGUUUAGUCAAAAGAAGCAUUUCUAGAACAUCUUUGAGAACUUCUACAAGUAAUCAAGUUACAUUUACUAAAUGAAGGGGUUAAGUUUACCAACACAUUCAUUCUCUUCUGUCAGUAUAGACCGCCUUGUUAUAACAACCACAAAUGGUAGUGCACCUGUAAAAGAAGAUCACAUGAAAAUAAAAGGCAAAUGUGUGGCUCUGCUAAGAUAUAUUUGGCUGAAUUCUUGCCUUUAUGCCUCACAUUGCAUAUUUAAUGUUUGUUUAAAAAUGACAAUGCACGCCUUGAUAAAAGGAACAAUUAUGCAAGAAUAAACAAAAGGAAAAAAAGAUGAAAUACAAGGCAUCGAAAUUUCGUAUAAUUUUACCAUGUGAUGCUUUUUAAUACUGAUAGACACGUAUAAAUUUAUUGCCAUUUACACCAAAAUUCACACUCGAAUCAAUGUAUAAUGUCUGUAACAGACUAUUUCGAAAUGCUAAAGCACAAUGAUUUCAUAAAUAAUGUGAUAAGCCCUUAUUUUUUGUACUUUUCAAAAUGUUUUAAAAGGAAACAAAAAGGCACCGCUCAGGUAAAUUCGGUUUUAUUGUGUAAUUUGAGUCUGAAGUGGGCAAUGUGUUUUUGAUUUCGAUAUCUUACAGUCGCAUGAAAAUAUUUUUAAGCUUAUAUCUGUUAAAUAUGUAGGUUCUUUUCUGCACAACAAACAUUUUUGGGAUAUUUGUAUUUCUAACGUUCAUUAUUAGACCUGAGCCUUUGAAUACGAAAUUCCUUAAUUAUUUUCUGAAAUUAUUAAUAAGAAUGGUACAAAUAGCGGUCUUCAGUACGUAACAGGUAAUAAAUAUGUUGGUACAAAAUGGCCGCAAACAUAUGCAGUAAGAAUACUUCUUAAAUUUUUAUGUCUCUAUUUUCAACAUGCAUAAAGGUAUGUUUCUAUGACAGGCUUGUUAUUUGAAGCCUUGAUGUAUAACAUUAACCUUUAUCCCUGGUGAAUAAAAUUAUAAAACAUCGUUAA